UACUCCUCCACUUAUUUCUUUGAUUUGGCAACAAACUUUUUAUCCAUAAAAACAUUAAACUUUUGGGAAGCAUUAAGAUAAAAGUCUUAACUCCAUUACAAGGGAAGCAUUUUGUAGAGCAAUUAUUCGGUUAAAAUGAAUCAACAAGCUAAUAAGAACAAUACUUUGAAUGUACGAAGUUCCAUCGAAAAAAAGGUGGAAACAGUCGAUCAUCAAUCUUCGGCAGGGCAAGGACAAGAAGAGAGGAAAGUGCAGGUCAUUCAUCAACCCAAUUCCAAAACCAGUGGUGGUGUUCUUACCGGUGCUGCUGAAGCCGUGGCAUCCACUCUACAAUCUGCCAAGGAUGCAAUUUCAAAAAAAUAAUGUAACUUAGAAUUGUCAAUUUUUUCUUCAAAGAACAUAGGUUUGAAUGUUUGAUAAUGUGUUGUCCUUUGACAUAGACAUGAACAUAGUGUCAAUGAUGUAUUUUUGUAUCAAUUGAUUCCAUAAUAUAAUAAUGAUUUGUUAAUGUUGUUUUAUCAAA